GAGCGCCGCGGAGGAGGACCGGGGGAGGGGGAGAGGCGGCCGGACGUGGUCGCGCGCGGGAACCCGGCGGCGGACGGGCGCCCUUUUUCCCCCUCCCGGGGGCGGAGCGCCGCCUCUCUGCGUGUGACGAGUUCCGUCCGCGAACGGCGGCGGGUUCGGUCUUCGGCGGCGGCCGCCGGGAGCGGAGCGGACCGGGCCUCCUCGGCUGAGCGGCGGACAGGGGGCGGGGCUCUUCCUGCCAGCGUCUGAGCGGCGCCCGCGUCACGUGACCCGGCGCCGGGAAGAGCGCCAAGAUGCACGGGGGCGCGCCCUCCGGGGACAGCGCGUGCCCGCUGCGCACCAUCAAACGCGUGCAGUUCGGCGUCCUGAGCCCGGACGAGAUGAAAAGGAUGUCCGUGACUGAAGGGGGAAUUAAGUACCCUGAGACGACAGAAGGGGGUCGCCCCAAGCUGGGGGGCUUGAUGGACCCUCGCCAGGGGGUCAUUGAAAGGACCGGACGCUGCCAGACAUGCGCAGGUAACAUGACUGAGUGCCCCGGCCAUUUUGGACAUAUCGAACUGGCCAAGCCUGUCUUCCAUGUGGGCUUCUUGGGCAAGACGAUGAAGGUUCUGCGCUGCGUCUGCUUCUUCUGCUCCAAGCUGUUGGUUGACUCUAAUAAUCCCAAGAUCAAAGACAUCCUGGGCAAAUCCAAAGGGCAGCCCAAGAAGCGCUUGACCCACGUCUAUGACCUCUGCAAAGGCAAGAACAUCUGCGAGGGAGGAGAGGAGAUGGACAACAAGUUUGGAGUGGAGCAGCCGGACGUAGAUGAAGACAUCACCAAGGAGAAGGGUCACGGUGGUUGUGGGCGUUACCAGCCAAGGAUCCGACGUUCCGGCUUGGAGCUCUACGCUGAGUGGAAGCACGUGAACGAGGACUCCCAAGAGAAGAAGAUCCUGCUGAGCCCAGAGCGCGUGCAUGAGAUCUUCAAGCGCAUUUCCGACGAGGAAUGCUUUAUCCUUGGCAUGGACCCCAAAUACGCCCGACCCGAGUGGAUGAUCUGCACGGUGCUCCCGGUCCCUCCGCUGUCCGUUCGGCCUGCUGUUGUCAUGCAGGGCUCUGCCAGAAACCAGGAUGAUCUGACUCACAAACUGGCUGACAUAGUGAAAAUCAACAACCAGCUGCGGCGGAACGAGCAGAAUGGGGCGGCCGCGCACGUCAUCGCGGAAGACGUGAAGCUGCUGCAGUUUCACGUGGCCACCAUGGUGGACAACGAGCUGCCUGGGCUGCCACGAGCGAUGCAGAAAUCAGGGCGGCCCCUGAAGUCCCUGAAACAGAGGCUGAAGGGCAAGGAGGGGCGCGUGCGGGGAAACCUGAUGGGCAAGCGGGUGGAUUUCUCCGCCCGGACAGUCAUCACGCCGGAUCCAAACCUAUCCAUCGACCAGGUGGGCGUGCCCCGCUCCAUUGCCGCCAACAUGACCUUUGCUGAAAUCGUGACGCCCUUCAAUAUUGACAGGCUGCAGGAGUUGGUGCGAAGGGGCAACAGCCAGUACCCCGGGGCAAAGUACAUCAUCCGAGACAACGGGGACAGGAUCGACCUUCGGUUCCACCCCAAGCCCAGCGACCUCCACCUUCAGAUCGGCUACAAGGUGGAACGACACAUGUGUGACGGAGACAUUGUCAUUUUCAACCGGCAACCCACUCUGCAUAAGAUGUCCAUGAUGGGGCACAGGGUCCGGAUUCUCCCCUGGUCAACCUUCCGCCUUAACCUCAGCGUGACGACCCCGUACAACGCUGACUUUGACGGCGACGAGAUGAAUCUUCACCUCCCGCAGUCCCUGGAGACACGGGCCGAGAUCCAGGAGCUGGCCAUGGUUCCCCGCAUGAUCGUGACGCCGCAGUCCAACAGGCCGGUCAUGGGUAUCGUGCAGGACACCCUGACGGCCGUCCGCAAGUUCACAAAGAGAGAUGUGUUCCUAGAGAGGGGGGAGGUGAUGAACCUCUUGAUGUUUCUUUCCACCUGGGACGGCAAAGUGCCGCAGCCGGCCAUCUUGAAGCCUCGCCCCCUCUGGACUGGGAAGCAGAUCUUCUCCUUGAUCAUCCCGGGCCACAUCAACUGCAUCCGUACCCACAGCACCCACCCAGACGACGAGGACAGCGGGCCUUACAAGCACAUCUCUCCUGGGGACACCAAGGUCAUUGUGGAAAACGGAGAGCUGAUCAUGGGGAUCUUGUGCAAGAAGUCGCUGGGGACCUCGGCCGGCUCCCUGGUCCACAUCUCCUACUUGGAGAUGGGCCACGACACCACCCGCCUCUUCUACAGCAACAUCCAGACCGUCAUCAACAACUGGCUACUGAUUGAAGGUCACACGAUUGGCAUCGGGGACUCCAUCGCUGAUGCCAAGACCUACCAGGACAUUCAGAACACCAUCAAGAAGGCCAAGCAGGAUGUAAUAGAGGUCAUUGAGAAAGCCCACAACAACGAGCUGGAGCCCACGCCCGGCAACACGCUCCGGCAGACCUUUGAGAACCAGGUCAACCGGAUCCUCAACGAUGCCCGAGACAAGACCGGCUCCUCUGCCCAGAAGUCCCUCUCCGAGUACAACAACUUCAAGUCCAUGGUGGUGUCUGGGGCCAAAGGGUCUAAGAUCAACAUCUCACAGGUCAUUGCCGUGGUGGGCCAGCAGAACGUUGAAGGGAAGCGCAUCCCCUUCGGCUUUAAGCACCGGACGCUGCCCCACUUCAUCAAGGACGACUACGGCCCAGAGAGCAGAGGUUUUGUGGAGAACUCCUACUUGGCUGGCCUCACCCCGACCGAGUUUUUCUUCCACGCCAUGGGGGGCAGAGAAGGCUUGAUCGACACAGCCGUCAAAACCGCAGAAACCGGCUACAUCCAGCGUCGGCUGAUCAAGUCUAUGGAAUCGGUGAUGGUGAAGUACGACGCCACAGUGCGCAAUUCCAUCAAUCAGGUGGUGCAGCUGCGUUACGGGGAGGACGGCCUGGCUGGGGAGAGCGUGGAGUUCCAGAACUUGGCCACUCUCAAGCCCUCCAACAAGGCCUUUGAGAAGAAGUUUAAGUUUGACUACACCAACGAGCGGGCCCUGCGGCGCACCCUGCAGGAGGAGAUGGUGAAGGACAUCCUCAGCAAUGCCCACAUCCAGAACGAACUGGAGAGGGAGUUUGAGAAGAUGAGGGAGGACCGGGAAGUGCUGAGGGUCAUCUUUCCCACGGGAGACAGCAAGGUGGUUCUGCCGUGCAACUUGCUGCGCAUGAUCUGGAACGCCCAGAAAAUCUUCCACAUCAACACUCGGCUGCCCUCCGACCUGCACCCCAUCAAAGUGGUGGAGGGCGUGAAAGAGCUGAGCAAGAAGCUGGUGAUCGUGAACGGGGACGACCCGCUGAGCAAGCAGGCGCAGGAGAACGCCACGCUGCUCUUCAACAUCCACCUGCGCUCCACGCUCUGCAGCCGGCGCAUGAUCGAGGAGUUCCGGCUCAGCGGGGAGGCCUUCGACUGGCUGCUGGGAGAGAUCGAGUCCAAGUUCAACCAGGCCAUUGCCCACCCAGGCGAGAUGGUGGGGGCGCUGGCUGCCCAGUCGCUGGGGGAGCCUGCCACUCAGAUGACCCUGAACACCUUCCAUUACGCCGGGGUCUCGGCCAAGAACGUGACGCUGGGGGUGCCUCGUCUCAAAGAGCUCAUCAACAUCUCAAAGAAGCCCAAGACUCCCUCGCUGACCGUCUUCCUGCUGGGCCAGUCUGCCCGGGAUGCUGAGCGGGCCAAGGACAUCCUUUGCCGCCUCGAACACACGACUCUUCGCAAGGUGACGGCCAACACAGCCAUCUACUACGACCCCAACCCGCAGAACACGGUGGUGGCCGAGGACCAGGAAUGGGUGAACGUCUAUUACGAGAUGCCCGAUUUCGACGUCACCCGCAUUUCUCCCUGGCUGCUGCGCGUGGAGCUGGACCGCAAGCACAUGACGGACCGCAAGCUCACCAUGGAGCAAAUUGCGGAGAAGAUCAAUGCCGGCUUUGGGGAUGAUCUCAACUGCAUUUUCAAUGAUGACAAUGCCGAGAAGCUGGUGUUGCGAAUUCGCAUCAUGAACAGCGAUGAAAACAAGAUGCAAGAGGAGGAAGAGGUAGUGGAUAAGAUGGACGAUGACGUUUUCCUUCGUUGUAUCGAGUCCAACAUGCUGACAGAUAUGACCCUUCAAGGCAUCGAGCAGAUCAGCAAGGUGUACAUGCACCUGCCCCAGACAGACAACAAGAAGAAAAUCAUCAUCACCGAGGACGGGGAGUUCAAGGCCUUGCAGGAGUGGAUCUUGGAGACGGAUGGCGUGAGCCUCAUGCGGGUGCUGAGCGAGAAGGAUGUGGACCCCGUGCGCACCACCUCCAACGACAUCGUGGAGAUCUUCACGGUGCUGGGCAUAGAGGCCGUGAGGAAGGCCUUGGAGAGGGAGCUGUACCACGUCAUCUCUUUUGACGGCUCCUACGUCAACUAUCGCCAUCUGGCGCUGCUCUGUGACUAAUUUCUGCUGACGUGCUGGGUGCAUUUGAUGGUUAUCACUUCGCCAUUUGGCGCUAACCGCCAAGACAUUAUCGGGCCCACGGCGAAGUGUUCCUUUGAGGAGACGGUGGACGUCUUGAUGGAAGCAGCCGCGCAUGGCGAAAGCGACCCCAUGAAGGGCGUCUCGGAGAACAUCAUGCUGGGCCAACUUGCCCCCGCCGGCACCGGCUGCUUCGACCUUCUCUUGGACGCAGAGAAGUGCAAAUACGGCAUGGAGAUCCCCACAAACAUCCUCGGCCUGGGAGUGGGCGGCCCCACUGGCAUGUUCUUUGGCUCGGCUCCCAGCCCCAUGGGUGGAAUGUCCCCUGCCAUGACUCCGUGGAACCAAGGUGCCACGCCAGCAUAUGGAGCAUGGUCCCCAAGCAUUGGUAGCGGAAUGACCCCGGGUGCUGCUGGAUUUUCUCCCAGCGCUGCCUCAGACGCCAGCGGCUUCAGUCCAGGCUAUUCUCCAGCCUGGUCUCCGACUCCCGGCUCUCCUGGGUCUCCCGGGCCUUCCAGCCCGUACAUCCCUUCGCCAGGUGGAGCCAUGUCUCCUAGUUAUUCCCCAACGUCUCCUGCUUACGAGCCCCGUUCGCCUGGGGGGUAUACACCACAAAGCCCCAGCUACAGCCCCACGUCUCCUUUGUACAGCCCAACAUCUCCCUCGUACUCUCCCACAAGCCCAAAUUACAGCCCAACCAGCCCAAGCUACAGCCCCACAUCGCCCAGCUACAGCCCAACCAGCCCUAGCUACAGCCCAACGUCACCGAGCUAUAGCCCAACCAGCCCGAGCUACGCCCAACGUCACCUAGUUAUUCUCCCACCAGCCCCAGUUACAGCCCAACGUCGCCCAGCUACAGCCCAUCCAGCCCGAAGCUACAGCCCAAAUCUCAGGCCCGAAGCUAAGCAGCCCAAUCCAGCUCUGAAAGCUAUAGUCCCGACGUCACCGAGCUACAGCCCAACAUCUCCGAGCUACAGCCCCACCAGCCCCAACUACAGUCCGACAUCUCCAAAUUACACCCCGACUUCUCCUAGCUACAGCCCGACAUCUCCCAGCUACAGCCCGACAUCUCCUAAUUACACACCUACUUCUCCAAACUACAGCCCGACUUCCCCUAGCUAUUCGCCCACUAGCCCCUCCUACAGCCCGACUUCGCCCAGCUAUUCUCCCUCCAGCCCUCGCUACACCCCACAGUCACCCACUUACACCCCCUCAUCGCCCAGUUACAGCCCCAGCUCCCCCAGCUACAGCCCAACCAGCCCCAAGUACACCCCGACAAGCCCGUCUUACAGCCCCAGCUCCCCAGAAUACACCCCGACAUCCCCCAAAUACAGCCCAACCAGCCCUCUAAGUAUACAGCUCCUCGACCUCGGCCAAAGUACAGCCCCACCACGCCCAAGUACAGCCUCACUAGUCCCGGACACUCUACUCGCAUUGACGCGUCGCUCUGUCUAUACUGCCGACUUUCUCUCCGGCAUACAGCCCGACAAGCCCCACUUACUCGCCGACGUCCCCCAAGUACAGCCCGACUACCUUACCUAUCUCACUGACCUCUCCCAAAGGCCAUUCCUACAAGUGACUCUCCAACUCUCCACCUGGUUGCUACAGCCCAAUCUUCACCUAUCAUCGUACAGCUCCUUCACCAGCUCCGCCAUCAGUCCAGACGGCUGAGCUAAUGUAAGACAACUGAGGUCCAUCAAGGCGGCAUCUCUCUCCUAACGAUCUCUGGGGGCGCAGAGGAGGGAUCCGGUUGUGUGGGGAGACCUUCCCUCCUGCCCUCCGCAUUAGUUUUUUUUUUCUCAACAGGGGGUUUUAAGCUCCAUCCACUACUGCCACUUUUUGGCAUUUUUACCUUAAAAAUAAUCACUCAAGACUACCUAAUAAAAGCUACACCAGUACCUACAGGAGGUGACUUCAGUUGCAACUUGAGAUCAAGGGCGGCACAACACGCCCGCCCUUCGCCAUCAGCAAGAUGAAGAAACCAAACCUCUGAUCUUUCAGAAUCAGGGAGCAACGCCUGGCUCCCCGAAACGCUUGCUUUUCUAGCUGCAAGUAUACUCGUGCUUUUUUUCGUAUCCGCCAGGAAUUAUUUAUGUUGAAAAAUUUACGAAGUUUCUUGACUUUAUAUGCUUUCUCUGUGUGUGUUUUUUUCCCCUUUUGAUUGAGAAAUAAAAAGCUCUGGAAAGUGUUUUUAACUCUUAAAACAUUUGUCAAGUUGGCAGAAUGAUUUCUUUCCUGCAUAGCAUGUUAAAAGUUGAGCCAUUUCCUGGGUCCCUUUCUGUUCCCAUGGGGGUGGACGUGUGUAUGCAGUCUGAGAUUACUUUCAGUUCCACUUUGUGCUAGGCAGAGCAAUUUAAGAGGACAAACAUGUGACUGUUGUGUUGGUUCGGGGGCUACUUGAAAUGUCAUUUUGUUGGGUGUUUGAAAUUCUCGCUUUCUGGCAGUGCAAAACCUGUACCUUUCAGGAAAAAAAAAUAAAAAAACUUUUUUACUAA